AUGGCAAACACAUCUUCAUCACCCAUCCCCGAGAACUGGCUCACGCAGCUGCCUUCGGAGCUUUUGUAUAACAUCUUCGACUAUCUCUUCGUGCGCCACCAGCCGGACCAGCUCUCAUAUCACCUCGAUAGGCCGCCGCCAUGUGAUCACGAGCUGGACAAGCUGGCAGCAACCUGUAGGAGUCUCCGCAACGAGAUCAAUGAUUGGGCCAUCCAUUUCCUGCUCCAGCAUCAGGACAUCACGCGCUACAAGCCCCCCAAGCAGACUGUCAAGAAAGACAAGACCUUCAAUGCUCUGCGCGGUCGGGGUGCUCAGGGCCUUCUGAGCUGGACCGAAAGACACUGUAUUGUCUGCGGCAAGAAUACGCAGUGCUGGGCCACACUGGUGAACGGGCUAAAGUGCUGUCGGCCUUGUGACAAGAUCUUCUGGCCGAACAAGAUUACCAAGACCAACGCCUGCAAGGAAUACGACUUGAAAGACUUCCAUCUCUUUCCCCGCCUCUACGCCGGUACAGCCCAGAUACUGGCACUCAGAGCCAAGUUCCCGCGCGGCAUUCCCACCAUUCGUUAUGGCACCCGUGAUUCAGCGGGCGUCGUGGCCAAGAUGUUGCUACGAGAAGACGUGCGAUGGCUCGCUGGGCUCCAUCACGGAGACCUAGACACGCAUUUGGAGAAUCGUAGAGCAAGGCUGGAGGAACGAAGGCGGAAGAUGGAGGAGAACAGGAAGAGGAAGGCCGCUGCAGAACAAACCCCGGCUGGCAAGGCGAAAGUGGGCAGAGGAGGCUCAGUCAUCUCUGCGGCGGCCGGUAGCACGGCUGGUGUGCCUUUCUUCAUCGAUGACGACGAAGAUGACCAGGACUAUGAUGGCUACUAG